AUGUCAGCGAUGAACCAUAUUAUCUUAAUAUUCCUUCUCUUCUCUCCCACUAUUCGUGCGCUGGAGUUUUCUCUCGUUUCAGAGGCCUCCAGGCUUGGCCCUCUGGAUGUCUGUUCGGAUGAGCUGUACGCGUUCCACACGUCAACGAGUUCCUGGGAGUUUCUGCACGUCCGAGGUGAUGCACCUUCUGCGCGGGGUGGUGCCUCUCUAAAUGCAGUUCGUGGCUCGCUGGUGCUCUUUGGGGGUGAAUCAAGCGACGGGACAUACAAUGACAUUUACAAAUUCGAGCCUCGCAGCGGCCAUGCUGCAGCUUCUGACGGAGAGAAAAUUUAUAUUUUUGGAGGAUAUAAUGAGUGCAGACGGUGGGGCGAUCUUCCUCUUAGCAGCACUGCUGAUGUUUUGGAGUUCUCACUGUGUCUUGCUCAACUGCAGGCCUCCAUUCCAGUGACUUGUGAGGCCGCCCUCAGAAAUGGAAGCGACGUGAGCUCGCUGCGCUGCCGUGACCAGUGCGACGUGUGGAAACUCGACGCCCAGACGUACACCUGGACGCUCUUGUCCGCUGGCGACCCCAAAUUUGCACCUCGCGAGCGCCACGGUGCAGUUAUUUUAAAAGUACGUCCUGCUACAGUAGCAGCAGAAGCGAUAGAGCUUGACACUUUUGCAUUUUUUUCCCUUAUCUUCUCUACUCGUCACAGCCCUGCGGUGGGGGAGGAAUCUGUUCGGGCAGAGGCGCGUGUGCUACUGGCUCUUGCGUUUGCCGUCCUGGCUGGGCUUCCCACGAUUGUGGGGAGGUCAGCUGCCGCUUUAAUGGGAUUGAUUAAGGCAAACGCGAAGGCUAUGGCUGUGUGUUCAGGUGUUUGA